UGAAAUUACUAAAAGUGUUUAAAAUAAUAUUAACUCGCGGGAAAUUAAUAUUCGGAAACAACUUUUACAAAAAUAAAAUAAAGAAAUGUGAAAGAAAAUUAAAAAAAAACUCUGAAAACUUCCUUUAUAAUGUCAUCAUCACUGCGAGACCCAAAGAUCUAAACAGUUUCUCUCUAUAUUUCUCUCUCUCACAUGGCGGAGCUAAUCUCUCUAUUUCACCGGUGAUUCUGUUUCACUAUCGGAGAAUUUCUUUAAGAGUUUCCGUCACCGAGUCGAUGAUGAGUGAACUCGAGCUCGGAACGAGUCAGAGGAUGGCGGAGACACACCGCACAACGACAACGUUUCUUGAUUUGCUCCGACGACAGAUGAGCGGUCACGAUCUCACCAGAAGGAAACGGACUCUAAAAGAACGGUUGAGAUUCAAAUGCAUCGGAUGCUGUGGUCCAACCUGGAGUCUCCGUCUAACUAACAACACCACCACUCUUCACAGUCCAAGCUCAAGAGACGACGAAAUCGAAGAAUUACAAAUUGAAACCGGACUCGUUCCCGAAUCGGAUCAUGGAUCGGGUACGGGUAUGAAUCUCGCGACGGCGUUAGAGGCGGAGAGGUAUAACAGAGGAGAACCGACGGAGGCGGAGGUAGAUAUGACGCCGAGGAGAGUUUCGUUGAUGAGAUUGUUGGAAGAGACGGCGGAGAGAAUCGUUGAUGAAGACGGAAAAGAAACGGAGAUUUUGACGGCGUCAAUUGGGACGUUAACGGAUAAUGAUUCGGUGUGUUGCGUGUGUAUGGGAAGAAAGAAAGGCGCAGCGUUUAUUCCAUGUGGUCAUACUUUUUGCAGAGUGUGCUCUAGAGAAUUGUGGCUGAACCGUGGAUCGUGUCCUCUUUGUAACCGUCCGAUCAUUGAGAUACUAGAUAUCUUUUGAAAACGAUCGGACGGCUAAAAGUCCUCGAUCCAAGUGAGUAAGUGAGGUGAUCCCUAGAUACGUUCCAAAUUUUAACUACGGUUUGUGUACUUUGUACGUUUCUUUUGGUUAAUGGAAGAUGAUGUAAAUGCAAAAAAAAAAAAUACAAGAGGUUUUUUGUCCA